CUUAGCGCUUGAUGACGGUGUGAAGGUACACAUUGCAUUGGUCGGUUUGGUCACACAUUGCAUCAGAAUUUUCGACAUUUGGUGAGGACUAUUGAAGCGGUCGGAAGAAUGACAGAGUCUGUGGGAACCAAGCGCAAGGGAACCCAUAAGGUUUCUACCUUGCAGAGCAUAGAGGAGAAGAUACAGAAGAUAUGGGCAGACCAAAAGAUCUUUGAGGAAGAUGCGCCGAAAAACUUUCAGAAACCCGGACCUGGGAAGGACAAGUUUCUUGUGACAUUUCCUUACCCCUACAUGAAUGGGAGACUUCACCUUGGUCAUACCUUCUCUUUUUCCAAGGCAGAGUUCAUAGUUGGAUAUCUGAGAAUGAAAGGCAAACAUUGCCUCUGGCCAUUUGGACUUCACUGCACUGGAAUGCCCAUCAAGGCCUGUGCUGACAAGUUGAAGAGAGAGAUAGAAAUGUUUGGUUGUCCUCCGGUAUUCCCUGUAGAAGAAGCCGUAGUCCCAGACGAGAAAGAUGAUCCAAUCAUCAAAGACAAAGCUAAAGGAAAGAAGAGCAAACUGGCCGCCAAGACAGGGGUAGUGAAGUGGCAAUGGCAGAUCAUGGAAGGCCUGGGGAUACCUUCUGAAGAGAUCCCAAAGUUUGCAGACGCCCUCUAUUGGUUGGACUACUUCCCUCCUUUAUGCAAGAAGGACGUCUCUCGUAUGGGUUGUAAGAUUGACUGGCGACGUACAUUCAUCACCACGGAUGCCAAUCCAUUCUACGAUUCCUUUGUGAGAUGGCAGUUCCUGCUGCUCAAGAAACGUCAGAAGGUCAAGUUUGGGAAGCGUUACACCAUCUACUCACCAAAGGAUGGCCAGCCUUGUAUGGAUCACGACAGACAGUCUGGAGAGAAUGUUGGACCUCAGGAGUACACAUUGAUUAAGAUGAAACUCCAGAAACCAUACCCACCCAAACUCAAGAAUUUGGAGAGCAAGGAUGUAUUCUUGGUUGCAGCUACCCUCCGGCCGGAGACCAUGUACGGUCAGACGAACUGUUGGGUGCGACCUGAUAUGCCUUACAUUGCUUAUGAGAUGGCAGGUGGAGAGGUUUUCAUCAGCACCAACCGAGCUGCCAGGAAUGCUGCUUUCCAAGGAAUGACAAAGUCAGAUGGCGUUGUGGAUGUCCUGGCGGAGCUAACAGGACAGGAUAUUAUGGGCGUGGCUUUGAGCGCACCCCUUACCAAGUAUGAUAAGAUCUACACCUUGCCUAUGAUGACAAUCAAGGAAGGUAAAGGAACAGGCGUGGUCACCAGUGUACCUUCGGAUGCUCCUGAUGAUUUUGCUGCCCUCAGGGACCUCAAGAAGAAAAAGGAUUUCCGAGAGAAGUAUGGUAUCUCUGAUGAGAUGGUGUUGCCCUUUGACCCCGUCCCGAUCAUAGAGGUACCUGGAUAUGGCAACCUGUCGGCAGUCAAGGCAUGUGAUGAGUUCAAGAUCAAGAGCCAGAAUGACCGGGAUAAACUCCAGGAAGCUAAGGAGAAAGUCUAUCUCAAGGGAUUCAAUGAAGGGGUCAUACAGGUCGGAGAGUUCAAAGGUCAGAAGGUCAAGGACAUCAAGAAGGAAGUAAAGUUGAAGAUGGUGAAGGACGGUGAUGCAGUGAUUUACUACGAACCUGAGAAGAAGGUUGUAUCCCGUUCAGCGGAGGAGUGUGUGGUAGCUCUAUGUGAUCAAUGGUACCUUGAUUAUGGGACACCACCAUGGAGGGAACAGGCCGACAAGAUGCUAGAAAAGAUAGAAACCUAUGCAGAAGAGACCUACAAGAACUUUGUUGCUACAUUGAAUUGGCUACAUGAGCAUGCAUGCUCUAGGUCAUACGGUUUAGGAACCAAAUUACCAUGGGAUGAACAGUACCUGAUAGAAUCCUUGUCUGAUUCUACCAUCUACAUGGCUUACUAUACAGUCUGUCACUUGCUUCAAGGUGGAGUCUUUGAUGGUCAAGGAUCCAGCCCUCUUCAUAUCAAGCCAGGACAGAUGACUCCUGAAGUCUGGAACUACAUCUUCUUCCAAGAGAGUCCUUUCCCCGCUUCCACGGGUAUCCCGAAGACCACUCUAGAUCGUCUGAGACAUGAGUUCCAGUAUUGGUAUGGUGUAGACCUGAGGGUGUCUGGGAAGGAUCUCAUUCCAAACCAUCUCACAUACUGGAUCUACAACCACGGUGCAAUUUGGCCAGAUGAAGAAAACAGAUGGCCCAAAGGAACCCGAUGCAAUGGUCAUCUCAUGCUCAACAAUGAAAAGAUGUCUAAAUCAACAGGAAACUUCCUAACCCUUGCUGAUGCUAUAGACAAGUUCUCUGCGGAUGGUAUGCGUCUUGCCUUGGCUGAUGCUGGUGACUCAGCGGUAGAAGAUGCUAACUUCAUGGAGACUGUAGCUGAGGCCGGAAUACUGCGGCUUUACAACUUCCUAGAGUGGGUCAAGGAAACCCUGGAGAAGAAAGACACCUUCAGGACGGGUCCAUGCGAUACCUUCAAUGAUCGGGUCUUUGACAGCGAGAUCAACAAGGCCAUCCUGGAGACUGAGAAGCAGUAUGAUCGUAUGAUGUUCAAGGAAGCCUUGAGGACUGGUUUCUAUGAGUUCCAGGCAAUCAGGGACAAGUACUGUGUACUGUCUGUGGAAGGCGUUCAUCGAGAUCUGAUCCUGCGUUUUAUUGAGGUCCAGACCCUCAUGCUAGCUCCAUUCUGCCCUCAUCUGUGUGAACAUAUUUGGUCUCUUCUUGGAAAAGAUGGAUUGUUGAUGCGAGCAUCCUGGCCUGUAGCUGGUUCUGUUGAUGAUGUCUUGGUACGGUCGUCAGAGUACUUGAUGGACACUGCUCAUGAACUACGUCUCAGGGUCAAGAUGGCGAUGAACCCUCCAAAGAAGAAGGGAGCCCCUCCCCCUAGGAAGCCUACCCACGGUAUCAUCUAUGUAGCUAAGAACUUUCCACCUUGGCAGAAUGCAGUCUUGACAAAGCUCAAAGAACUAUGGCAGGCUAACAACAGUGCAUUUCCUGACAAUAAAUUGAUUCUUGAUCAAUUGAAGAGUAUUGAUGUGAUCAAGAAGUUCAUGAAGAAGGUCAUGCCUUUUGUUCAACAUAUCAAGGAGAAUGUUGCAAGUAAAGGACCUAGGGCCUUGGAUACUACUAUGGAAUUUGAAGAGACUGAUGUAUUACAGAGCAAUCUUGACUACCUGUCAACUACAUUAGAGCUUGAAGGUUUAGAAGUUCGUCCAAGCAGCGAAGCUUCAGAUAAGAUCCAAGAAGAAUGCUGUCCCGGAAAACCUUUCUCUGUUUUUGUCAAUCAGCCGCCAUGUGUAUCGGUAAGCUUUGUGAAUCCCCAACCUAGUAAUGGUUUCUUCUCGCUAAGAUGUCCUGUUUAUGAAGGAGAUACCGUCUCAAGGAUAGCUGCACGUAUCCAGAAGAACAGUAGGAAUAUACCAGACCUUUCGAAAGUGAGCUUCCUCCGGUACAACGAUCCAGCCCUCGGCCCACGAGCCCUCCCUCGUUACGAUCGUCCAGAAGAAGGAAAGACCCCUAUCCCUGCUACAGCCAAGUUCUCCAUUCAAGAUAAGACACAGACUGUUACUGUAUCCCAGAAUGGCUCAAAGGUAGAUAUAGGUAACAUGAUAGUGUAUAUGGUCAUGUCAUAGAGCAUUCGGACCUGCUAUUGAGUAAAUGUGACCAACCGCUAAACAACAAUAAGUCACCUGGAAAGGUCCUCUGUUAGUAUCCAAAAUUGUAGUAAUUUAGUCUUCAAAAAUCAAAAUUUAGAAAAUUAGCUUCUCGGAAAUAGUAACUCUUCAUUCUUCAUUCUUUCAUGAUAUUAAACAUAAAAAAAAACAAGAUUUCAGAGUUUUAUUGAUAGCUCUUUUUAUGGACUGCUGAAAGUCUCGCCCAGUGUGCAUAUCUCAUCCUUGAGUAAUCCCCAUUCGGAGGUUUAAUUAAAAUUCUUCUACUUUGAAUCAAGUACUCUCUCUGGGUCAAUGUUGAUCACUUUUGACAAUUUGAAUAGCUUAAAGUCUUCAUUUUUCAAACUUCAUAAAAAAAAUAUUCAAAAUUUAUUUUUUGUAACAUUUUGGGGAGGAUUUUAGGUGGUGGGUCACAAAUAACACUUUACCCAAGGAGCUUGCCUGACAUUUCACAGCUGUUUUACUUUCUUUAAACAAUGCACAAAUCACACCUGAAUAUUGAAUUCAAAAUUAGUAGUAGAAGAAUAUUGUGACAUUAUACAAGUCAAAUUCAUUGAAAAUCUUAGCUGACAAAUAAUGUAAUAGUACUCAUAUAAUCGCUAUCUUAAUUAUGUAGUGAAUUUUUAGCUAUGUAAAUCUUUUUAUUUUCCAGUCAAGGCUGCAGUUGCCUCUGUCUUAAUCAACAUACAUGUAGUAUAAGACUAUAAAUUAAUCUUUUAAUUCAUCAGUCACAAAUAAUUGUGGGUUGUUUCCUGACUAAUUCAAUAUUUUUAAUAAAAUGUAUAAUUUCUUCAGACCUUCUUCCUUUCUAUUUGGUUCUGUAAUAUAUCAUUUGGAUGACUAGAAUCCUAAAUUGCUGUUUAAGGCUCUGUCACAUUGUUCCACGCAAGCCUUGCCCGCUGGGGCAUAUAUAAGUCUGAUUUGCCCUAGACUCACCAUCAAGGCUUGCACAGAUCAAUGUGACAGGGGCUUUAUGUUGUUGAUUUUCCUCAAUGAUCAAAUACAGGGAAACCUGUCUAUAGUGACCACCAAAGGGAAACACAAAAUGUGGCCUUUAUAGACAGGUGGCUGCUAUAGACAGGUUCUUAUACACAC